CCCAGAACACGCCCCCCUGGCGGGGGCGGAGCCCGGCCUGGAAGACAGUGGCUGGGGGGCGCGCCGGGUGGGGCUAAGGCCAGGAAACCCGCUUAUCACACCAGGACCCGCCCACGAGGCGUGAGCGAGACGAAUCUCACACCAGACUGAGGAGGGUGACCGGGUCGGGGACGAGGAUGGGUGCUGAGGCUGGAAAAUAUACUUUGGGGCAGUGGGCUCACGGGCGGGGCACACCCUCUGAGACAGAGGGGGCAGUUUACCUUAGUCAACGACAGAGUUAAAAUAGCCUUAACCAUGCUCAAUGCUCGGUUCAGCUCUGGGGGUCCGAGAGUGUGGGAGAUGGGGCUCCCACUGAAUCCCUUGUGGAGGGAUGGCAAGUCUGCCUACAGGUGGGACACCGCCUCUGGGCACAGAAUCCAGCAUUGAAGCCACGCCCCCUCUGUGGCACAGGGAUGGGUUUAGGUCUGUGGCAGAUUUAGUGGGGUUGAGGUCUGAGCCCAUCACCAUUGGAGGGAUGAGCUCCAGCCUUCCGCUGUCUCCCACCAUGAUGGGUGGAGGCGGGGCUAUACCAUCAGGGUCAAGGCCAGGGGCCCCCCACAACCAACUUCCUAUGUAUGACCCAAUAGGACUUCGCUGGCACCUGAUAGCACCUGAGGAUUGAGUCAGUGGAGUCAGCUUCACCUUGGGCACACCAAGAAGUGGGAGCCACUCAGGGAGUGGGGGUAGGGGCCACUCCCGCACACUUCCCUGACCUUUUCCACUUCUCGCCCCCGGAAGGAUUAGUGUCCAGGUUACCCCAUCAGGCCGCCACCCCCAGUGGCCUUGCCGCCCCCACAGCCUGCAAGUAUAAGACCAGGAAAACAUCACAGGGGAAGCACCAAGAAUGGAGACGCUCCAGGGGUUGCUGCUGUGGCUGUUGCUGAACGUGGCUGGGGUGUGGGCAUCCAGGGGGCCGCUGCGGCCGCUGUGCCGGCCCAUCAAUGCCACCCUGGCUGCUGAGAACGAGGCGUGCCCCGUCUGCAUCACCUUCACCACCACCAUCUGUGCCGGCUACUGCCCCAGCAUGGUGCGCGUGCUGCCGGCAGCUCUGCCCCCAGUACCUCAGCCCGUGUGCACCUACCGGGAGCUGCGCUUUGCCUCCAUCCGGCUCCCCGGAUGCCCGCCAGGUGUGGACCCCAUGGUCUCCUUCCCCGUGGCCCUCAGCUGUCACUGCGGGCCCUGCCGCCUCAGCAGCUCCGACUGUGGGGGUCCCAGGGCCCAACCCUUGGCCUGUGACCGCCCCCCACUCCCGGGGCUCCUGUUCAUCUAAGGAUCCCUCACCUUGAUGCCUGGAGCCAGCAGCUGCUCUUCACCCCUCCCAAUAAAGGCUUCUCCAACUGCA